GGAGGAGUAGGAGGAGGUGGAGGUCGCCCGUGGCCAACUUGGCUUCAGGGCUCGGCGCCAUCCCGUGUACAUCACAGAACGCUUGUGAACAUUUCGGAGGAUGUUUCGCAGCCGGGGUAUCGGCGUCCUCCAGCUGCGCGCGCAGAGCAGCACCAUCGGGAGCGGUGGCCGACGAGGGUUUUGUAAAAGUGUGUCCGAUCCCCCGGUAUCUAGCCGCCGCGGCAGGAAAGCGCUGGUUGCCCUGGGCGGUGUCGGUGCGACCGCCGCAGGGGGUGUCUGCUACGGGGGCUACGUCUCCAAGCAGAAGGCAGCCCUGGCCGAGCGGACCAUCCAGGCGACUAAGGAGAGGCCCGUGCCCAGCAGGGCGGAAAGUCUGGCGCGGCUGCAGAGCGGCAAGGAGGAGUUCGACGUCCUCGUGGUGGGUGGCGGCGCCACAGGGGCUGGCGUGGCGCUUGAGGCGCAGCUCCGCGGGCUCAGCGUGGCCUGCGUGGAGCAGGAGGAUUUCGCCUCUGGUACGUCGUCCAAGUCCACCAAGCUCCUGUGGGCGGGCUCCCGAUACCUCGUCAAAGGGCUCGUGAAGCUGUUCAGCCCGUCCUCCAUCAUGACGCCCGUUGCCGCAGUCGAGGAGUUCAUGGGCACCUUCCACAUGGUCAUGGGGUGCUUCCGAGAGAGAACCUACAUGCUGUACAUGAACCCCCAUAUCACGUCCUGGAUCCCGAUUGCCGUCCCGCUGACCACCUGGUUCAUCUGGCCCCCGCCCUUCGACUACCCCCCGGCCGCGCUCGGCCCCGCGACGGGCCUCUUCGUGCUCUUCUUCAAGGCGUACGACGCCCUGGGCCUCUGGAGUGCGCCCUCCUCGUACGUCAUGACCCCCUCGAGGGCCCAGCAGGAGUUCCCGCAGCUGGACUGCAAGAGGAUGAAGUACGUGUCGGUCUUCUACGAGGGCACCCACAACGACGCGCGCACGAACAUCUCGAUCGCGCUGACGGCGGCCAUGCGCGGGGCCUGCGUCGUGAACUACGCGAAGGUCGACAAGAUCAUCUUCGAUGGGGACGGCAGGGCCUGCGGCGCGGAGGUCACGGACCAGGCGUCCGAGGGUGCCCAGCCGUUCCCCGUGAGGGCCAAGAAGGUGAUCUACGCCGGAGGCCCCUUCACAGAUGGUCUCCGCGAGCUCAGCGAGGGCAAGGACAUCAAGCCGUGCGUGAACGGCUCGGGAGGGACACACAUCGUCCUGCCGCAGUACUAUUGCCCGAGGCAUCUGGGCAUGGUCGACAUGAUGACUUCGCGCGGCUCCUUCCUGUUCUUCAUCCCGUGGGAGGGCUACACGCUGGUCGGCACCACAGACGUGAAGACCAAGCCGGAUCUUCACCACGAGGUGCCAGAGGACGAAAUCCAGUACUUGAUCAACGAGUGCGAGAAGUAUUUGAAUCCGAGCCUGUCGGUGCGCAGGCGCGACGUGAUGUCUGCAUGGUAUGGCAUCCGCCCGCUGUGCGUGGAUCCUACCGCCGCUGACCAGAGCAGCGUGUCUCGAGAUCACACCGUGUCGCACCAUCCGAAGAAUGGCAUCACCUUCAUCUCUGGGGGCAAGUGGACCACCUGGCGGGAGAUGGCCGAGGACUGCGUGGACCAGGUGCUGGAGCGUCCGGACGCGAAAGAGCUGAAAAAGAAGGCGGGGCCAUCAGCGUCCUUGACGACGCCACUGAUUGGAGCUGGGCAGACAGCCCUCUGCCCCAGCGGAUACCACGAGAACCUCGCAGUGGUCCUCUCGCAGAAGUUCGACCUGGCCUGGGAUGUGGCGCAGCACCUGGCGCGGAACUACGGGACCCGGGCCGCCGACGUGCUCGCCUACGCGGAGCCGGACACCGUCAGGGGCUCGCGCUCGGGGCUCUACAAGCACUACCCCCGGCUGUACGAGGGGGCCGCCGCCACCACGGGGUACCCGUACCUGGAGGCCGAGGUGCGGUAUGCCAUAGACCACGAGUUGGCAGUGAAGCCCGCGGACAUCCUGGGCAGGCGGACGAGGCUCGCCUACCUGAACUCCACCGCAGCGAAACUGGCGCUGCCUAGGGUCGUCGAGAUCAUGGGGAACCAGCUGGGCUGGGACGAGGCCCGCAGGCUGCGCGAGCACGAGAUGGCCGAGGAGCUGCUGGCCAAGGAUUUUGCCGGGCCCGCGCCCAACAAGCAGAAGGCCACCUUGCGAGCGGCCUGCACUGCCGACGUCAAAGACAUCUUCGACAAGAUCGACCUCAAGCAUCGGGGUGUGCUCUCCAAGGAGGGCAUCGGCAAGGCGGCUGCGGAGCUGGGCUUCCCGCUGACUGGUGCGGAGCUGCACCAGGCAAUGACAGAGAUGGAUUCAAACCAGAGGGAGGAAGUGAGCUUCCCCGAGUUCUUGGCUUGGUGGAAUUCCUCCAGCAAGAGCCACGAUGUGCAGAGGAAGAUCUUCCUGGGCGUGCGGGGGGAGGCCAAGUGGUCCACAGUGGCGGAGUGACCCCGGCCCGCCACUGCCACCUCCAGGGACAGCACUUCGCCGACGUUCGCCGGAGGUGCCCGCGUUGAGAUGCGGAGGGUGAGGAGUGGGACGGAGUCCCUCGGACAGCUCGGGCCUCCCGCCUCGGAGCCGGCGCGCCUCGGCGGACAGCUCGCUGCGGAGCCCUUUUUCUCCGGAGGCCCACGGCCCUGCCCCUGCACGGGCGCCCUCAUUUUUCCGUGAGCCCGGGCUCCAGACCACCAGGCUCCCCUUGAGGCCACAGUGGCCACGCAUGCGCGACUGUUUUGGGAGGCAAAAGGCGGGGGGGCCCAGAGCUGCGUGAGCACACUCGUUCGGAGGUCCGCGCGUCUUUUUCUAUCGUU